ACGAACCCAAAAUGGAAUGUUUCUGCUAAGGCAAGUGGAAAGGAUACAUGUUUCUCGUUCUAGGCCCAAGCAGAUGCAUUCAUACCAUAAGAUAAGUACAGGUAGCAAAAUGGGUUAAACAACUACGAAGGUCAUUUAAAGAAGUGGCCUGGUCGCUAUGACAACAUCAACAGCAGAAGAUCUGCUCCAGGCCAAUCAGAUUGUUAAGGAGAGAUGGAAAGUGGUUCGAAAAAUUGGUGGAGGUGGGUUUGGAGAGAUCUACGAAGGUAUCGACCAAGUCACGAAGGAGUCAGUGGCUCUGAAACUGGAGUCUGCCAAACAAGCCAAGCAGGUCCUCAAAAUGGAGGUAGCAGUCCUCAAAAAACUACAGGGACAAGACCAUGUAUGCCGAUUCAUUGGGUGUGGCCGUAAUGAAAAGUACAAUUAUGUAGUCAUGACCCUGCAAGGUAAAAACUUGGCUGAGUUAAGGCGGAGUCAAUCGAGGGGGUGUUUCUCCCUCAGUACCACCCUCAGGCUGGGGGCCCAGAUACUGAAGGCCAUCGAGUCAAUACAUGAAGUAGGAUUUCUACACAGAGAUGUUAAACCUUCUAACUUUGCAAUGGGAAGACUGCCUAAAGACAGUAAGAAAGUUUUUAUGUUGGACUUUGGAUUGGCUCGUCAGUACACCACCCCCACAGGUGAAGUAAGACCCCCCAGGGCUGCUGCUGGCUUCAGGGGCACCGUCAGAUAUGCCUCGGUUAAUGCCCACAAAAACAAGGAAAUGGGCAGACAUGAUGACCUAUGGUCCCUGUUUUACAUGUUGGUAGAAUUUCUAGCGGGUCAGUUACCAUGGAGAAAAAUCAAAGACAAGGAACAGGUCGGCCAAAUGAAGGAGAAAUACGACCACACUCAGAUGUUGAAAAACAUGCCACCAGAAUUUAAAACUUUUCUGGAACACAUCGAAUCCCUGGAAUAUCAUGACAAACCUGAUUACUCACUCAUGCAUAACUUGUUUGAGCAGUGUAUUAGACGGAAGGCAAUAAAAGAUAAUGAUCCGUAUGACUGGGAGAAAAUUUACACUGACUCAGUGGCUACCACCACCACUACUUCACCACCAAUAGGGCUGAAAGCCACCACUGGUUUAGGAUUACAUGGAGCCACCGAAGUCAUCGAUGAAAUUCUUAGUGAUGAAGAAAAUAAGGAUGAAAAGAGGUUAAAGGAUGCAGAUCUCAUUAUGGACAACAAGCAUGUGAAAGACAUUGACAAUCGUUACCGAGAGGAGCAGGGUGACAUAGUUCUUAUCAAAAGUGAUGAUCCAAAUCUCCGAGUGGAUGAAAAACACCAAGUGGAGCAAAUGGUCAAAGAGGAAACGGUGGAAAAUGUGGCUGUGGAAGCAGAAAAUGAACCACAUGAACCAGUUGUAAAUGAACCGAAUAAUGAAGAGGUCAAGGACAAUGGCAGUAAACCUGCCACAUCUUCUCCAACUAAAUCUGCCCUCAAAACUGUUGAUUCUAGUGUUCUUAGACUUCGAAACUCACAAAACUUGCCAGAAAGUGCAUUUAAACCUAUUAAGGAAUCAGUGUCAUUUGGUGAUGUGAAAGAGAUAGAUUCAAAGCAAAAGGUUGGUGGUUCAAAUUUCAAGGCAGAGAGGAGAGUGUCUAUUCAGAACUUUGCAGAGGUUCACGAGGACAUUGACGUUCGAGAUAAGUGCAAUAAUGAACCUGAUCCACUUGUGAGUCGUGCACCAUUAACAUUUGCUAUGAUGCAGACAGACGAAAAAACACCAGAUGAUCAUCUUGAUGAAAAUGCAACAAGAGCUGCACCUUACACAGUUGCCAGUCAGUGGAAUGCUUCUCAGUUCCCAUCUUCUUCUGAAAGUCAGGGAGCAGAUGAAAGUGAGGGGGAAGUAGGGGGUGCUAAAAAUAAAUCUCAACUGAAAAAAUCUAAAAGAUUUCAGCAUAAUACAUUAAUGGAUGAAGAGGAUAUGAAAAUGGAUAGUGUUUUGAGAAAUUCCCUUGUUUUGGCUGAUGCAGAUGGUCAGGACUGUCUGAGGAAUUCCAUGGUGUUUCUAGGAGAUGACAGUGCUGCGCUGUCUGCAAAUGAAUCUGACAAUGAUAAAAAACCUGGAGUGAAAAGUAAAUCAAGCUCUUUUGCUGAAAAAUCAAAACAUCAAGAAAAAUCAGCUGCUACAAGUAGUCUAUCACACAAAUUGUCAGGCCAGAGUAAAAUGCCAGAAAAGUUGGCCAAAGAAAUGGAUAAUCUUAUAUGCUCCCCCCUCCGCAAUAGUCCCACAAAACAUUUAUUUAAACCCAAAGAGAGUUUAACUGAUUUGAAGAAAUUAGCUACACUAAGUCACAUAAAAACUGUCACCUCCAAACCCCCUGCACCUCAACCAGUGACAACAAAGAAGGACCUUGGAACCUCGGUAGACAGUCCUGGUCUUGUAAAACCAGCUCUCAAGCCUAAACCUAAACAGCUGCCAAAUUUGAAGGUGCUUGUUGGAUCUUCUGUUGAUAAGAUCAGUGAUGAAGGAAGUUCAGUUGAUGGUAAUCGAAAAACUGCAUCUGUGUCUAAUGUUGAUGUGCAAGUGAAUAAUAAAAAAAGGCUGGAAGAAUUGGAGAGUAAUUCUUCUUUCCUUUCUCAAAACAACUUUGCAUCAAUGAAUCUAGUUUUAAAUAAACAGUCACUGAAGCCUUUAGAAGAAAAGCCUGGGAUAGCCAACUUUACUCAAGAAUCUUCAAAUGUAGGAUCUUCUAUAGAUAUUUUAGGUAGUAAAUUAAGUAGUUUAGAAAAGAAACCUGAAGAUAUUAAAACUUCUGAAAGUGUUACUGUGACAAAAAGAGAAUUGCCUUUGCCAACUUCUCAUAUUCCUGUACGAAUUGACAAACCUGUAAAACAUUCAGUGACAGAUUCCAAAAGGACUGAAAAACAGAUACUAGAGCCUAGUCAAGGAGAGGAAAAUAAUGCAAAAGAAACUCUUAAAUUUGUAAAACAUGGCCACAAAAAGUUUACUGAGAAGGAAAUACAGAAGGCUGAAAUGGAACACUUACAGGCUAGAAAGAAAAUGUCUCCCAUUGUGGAAGAGAGAAAUGGUGAAAAUGCUUCAAAAUCCACAAAAAGUGGGGAACAGGUGCCUUCUAGCACAAAGUCAACGAGCAGUGAACCAUCUGUUGGCAAAGAAGAGAUAAUAGUAGUUUCUGAAGAGAAACACCGGGUGGAAAGGAGACAUUCUUUUAAUACUGACAAUAGACCUUCUUCUAGUCCAUUAGAGAAAAAAUCAACACCAAAUUCAAGUCAAACUGAUUUGCAAACAGGGGCAAAAGGUUCUACUUAUGCAGAGAAAAGUCUUUCUAUUGUGGAAAAUAAAACUGCAAGCCAUAAAAAAGACUCUGGAAUCAAGAAGCCAGUACGGCGUCGUUCCUCCUCUGCUUCCAGGAUUUCUGACCGCACUGCCAAUGAACUCCGUGAGGCCUUGGCAUCAGUUACCCCCAUCCCACCGGAGACCGACCCAUCAAAAGUCCCCAAACCCCCACCUGGUGCUGCUCCCAAAAACAUUGUGUUAUUGAAUGCAAGGAGGCGCCGUUACAAAAUGGCUUCCACCAAUACCAGUCCUAGAGAGCCGUCAUCACCACGAGCCCACAGUGACAUUCCAGUACUUAAAAGCAAGCCUGCUUGGAGAUAGAUUGCAGAACUUUAAAAUUAACACCACCACCUAUCAUCCACCCCAUUUUUAGGGAAAUUAGUUAGAUCUUUGUGCCAUACAUUGAAAGCUGCUGUUUGGUCUAUAGUAUAUAGGCAUGAUAGGAAAAACAGAUGUGCUUCAUAAAAUCAUGAGACCUUUUUUAAAUUUUUGGGGGGUCAAAUUUAUUGUAACGGUGUGGCAAUAUUAAUUGUUCUUGGCAUAAUACAAUGCAAUAAGAACGUAUUUGUGACCUGCAAUGCUUGGAAUUGUGUACAUGUAUUUUGUAUCUGAUGCAGCUUGAUCUAGCCUUGAAAUUGUUAUGACAUUUUACUGCUUUAAAUUCAUGAUGUAAAUGCACUUUGACAAACUGUUGAAAAGUCAAAAGAUCAUUAUUUUGCACUAAGUACUAAAGAUUCCUGAUGAUACUCAUGUAAUGCCAUUUCUCUUCAGCUGAAAUUGCUGAAAAAUUUUUAAAAACCAGGUAGAAUUUUUGGAAAUGUUGAGCAAUAUUAUGUAUGAGUGAAAUUGCUUUGAUAUAAAGUAUGAAUAGACCAUGUUCUUAACUUCAGAGGUAAUCUUUGAAUACUGAAGGCAGUAUGUCAUGCUCAAUUGUUAUAGACACUGGGAUACGUAUUGUGAAUGAUGUGCAAGAAAGCCUGUUAUUGAUGUUUGGCAGCAUUGUCAAGAUAUCGAGAGAGACCAUGGGAGUAAUUAUUCUUUUGAAUUUAUGACUUUGGUCUUUACAUUUGUGACAAGGUUUUUCAAACUGUCAAAAAAUUAAGAAAGUGCUUGUUAUUGAUACCUCAGUUUUAUUUAUUUUGAGGAACUUAGUUUUUAUUUUAUGUGAAUGUGUACGGUGUUAUUGUACAACAUAUACAUCAGUAUAUGAGCAUCUCAUUCAGCAUAUAUUCAUGUAUUGUGAUAUGUAUGUAGUUGAUUUUUAACCUAUAUUGAUUUAUAUUUAGAUUAUAUGAAUUUUUGCAGGUUGUCAAGGAAGUAUAUGAAUUAUCAAGUUAUGUUUUGUUACAAUGCAUUUCAGCAUGCUAUGAGUGGUGUCAUGAAGUUGAAGGUUAUUUAUUCAAUGUAAUAUGCAUGGUGCCCCAUGACAUCAAGGAAGUAAUGUCUGAAAAUCUGAACGUUCCGCUAAUUGAUGCCCAAGAAUUUAAUGAAUUUUUAUAAAGUACACUAGCAUGUUCUGCACAUACUAAGGAUACAUAGAUUUCCAUAUGAUCCUUUAUGAAAGUUAGCUUUUCCCUUCUAGAAUUCCUUUAUGUCUUUGUCUAUCCACGUUCAGUGAUUUCUUGUGAAUUUUAAAAUUGACAUUUCUUGGAAAGAAGGAUAAUGUACAUGUAUUCAGUUCCGUGGCUAUCAUAAAGUACAUCAUUUAAAUGUCACCCUUCAUCUCUCAGACACCGUGAUAUUGUUUCUGCUUUUUGUAAACUUUAUUCUUGUUAGAAUACUUCAUUACCCAUUAAAUGGGGUGAGCAUUAUUUUCAAUAUGUACUUAACACAUUUGUUAUGUCAAUCAAAAUUUUUGUUAAUAAGUGCUUAGAGGUAAAUCUGCUCCAAAUCAAGAGUUGAUUGGAAUGGAUGGGUUUUAAAGAAUGCAAGUUAUAUAUAUGAUUUAAGUAUUACAAUAAAAUAAGCUCAAAAAUGAA